GUGGGGAGUGGCUUUGGGCGGGGGAGCCGCGCGGCAGCGCCCCUUUCCCUUGUUGUCCAACCGGCGGAGGCGCGAUCGGCCGUUGGGGAACCGUUUCGAGCCCGGAGUGCGGCGCAGGCGUUAAAGCCGUGCGGCCGGAGGCGGCGCUGUUUUCUCCGCGGCGAAACGGGCCAGAUCGUGGCACCCUCGCUUGGCGCGGCGGGCGAGAGCGGUGUGGGAACCGAGGGGAGGAUCUAACGGAGGCCCCUCAUGGAGCCAGAGAAGGAAAACACCGAGAGGCCCCCCAAGAGGGGCCGGAAGAGGAGGCAGGCCCCGAGCCAGCUGGGCGGGGCGGCCGAGGCGCUGCGGGCCGGUUGGGAACGUGAGGAGAGACAUCCCCAGGUCAAGAAAGCACGCUUAUCUACCAUUUUAUUUACCGAAAACUGGGAAGUAACCCACGAGCAGCUAUGUGGAUUGCUGAAGUAUGCAGUUAUGGGCAAAUCCAGUGUUCCUAAACCCAGCUGGUGCCAGCUUUUUCACCAAAACAACCUGAACAACGUGGUGGUUUUUGUACUACAGGGGAUGAGUCAGCUACACUUCUACAAGUUCUACAUGGAGUUUGGGUUUCUCCGAAAGGCAUUCAGACACAAAUUCCGCUUGCCUUCUCCAUCAUCUGAUUUUCUAGCUGAUAUCAUUGGGCUGCAAAAGAAAGAAACAACUGAGGAUUUGUCCAAGCUGAGCACAGGGUCUUUACCUUCUGCCAGUUCAAAAGUCAGCAUCAACCUGCAAGAUGACCCCAUCAUUCAAAAGUAUGGCUCUAAGAAAGUGGGCAUUAUCAAAUGCCUUCUCACAAAGGAGGAAAUGAAAACAUUUCACUUUCCAUUACAAGGUUUUCCUGACUGUGAAAACUUUGUACUUACCAAAUGUAACGGUUCUGUAACAGACAACAGCCCUCUCUUUGGACUUGACUGUGAAAUGUGCCUCACGUCCAAGGGGAGAGAACUGACACGCAUCGCGCUGGUCGCUGAAGGAGGUGUCUGUGUCCUGGAUGAACUCGUGAAGCCUGACAACAAGGUUUUGGACUACCUCACCAGCUUCUCAGGAAUCACGAAGAAGAGUCUUGAGCCAGUAACGACCAAACUCAAAGAUAUCCAGAGAAAGUUAAAAGCACUGCUUCCUCCCAAUGCUGUGUUAGUGGGCCAUUCCCUAGACUUGGAUCUCAAAGCACUGAAAAUGAUACAUCCAUAUGUUAUUGAUACAUCAUUGCUUUAUGUCAGAGAGCAGGGCAGAAGAUUUAAGCUAAAGUUCUUAGCCAAAGCUAUUUUGGGGAAGGAUAUACAGAAUCCAGAUAGGCUUGGUCACGAUGCCACAGAAGAUGCUAGAACAGCCCUUGAACUGGCUCGGUAUUUUCUUAAGUAUGGCCCAAAGAAGGUCGCAGAACUAAACCUGGAGGCCCUGGCUCGUCACCAGGGACUGCACGCAGCAGACCAGGGGCAGAGCAGCCCAGCAGGAGUUCAGCAGCACAACGCAAGUGUUUUGGACUGCUUGCACUCGAUGGGUCAGAAGCUCCUUCUCUUGACUCGGGAGGUAGAUACUAGUGAACUUUCAUCUUCCAGAAACUGUGAAACUGUUACAUGCCUGUCAAAUAAAGAGGUCCUUGAGCAGGCCAGGGUGGAGGUCCCCCUGUUCCCCUUCAGCGUCGUCCAGUUCUCUUUUGAAGGCUUUUCACCUGCCCUCGCCGAGGAGAUGAACCAAAGGCUCAGGGUCAAGUGGUCAGAGAUAUCGACGGUCUAUGCUGGGCCCUUCAGCAAAACCUGCAACCUCCGGUCUCUGAAGAGGCUGUUUAAGAGCUUUGGCCCAGUCCAGUCGUUCAGCCUCGUCCUUGAAACACACCAGCCGCACGUCUGUGUCCAGUACGAAGUCCUGGAAGCUGCUCAGCUGGCCAUCGAGUCCCUGAACGGUAUUCUGAUAGAUGGCAUCCGCGUCAAGGCACAGAGGCCUGUGACCGAGCUCACCCUUGACUGUGACACCCUCGUGAAUGAGCUGGAACAAGAUUCCGAGAACCAAGGGACGAUCUACCUGUCUGGAGUGAGCGAAACCUUCCGAGAACGCCUGUUGCGGCAGUCCAGCCUCUUUGUUGGCCUGGAAGCUGUCAUCUUGCCUAAGGAUUUUAAAAAUAGAAAGCAGAAAAAAUACGGUUUCCUGAAAUUCAAAACUAUCAGUAGUGCCCAGAGGGCACUCAGCAUUUUCACCGGCAGGGGGUGGAAGCUGAAAGGCAGGAAUGCCCUGACCCCCAGGCACCUCCACACGUGGCUGCAGAGCCUACCCCCUGAAUCGAGAACGCCCCCGGGGCUCCACAUCGUACCGCCCCCCUUCGAGCAGCAGGCCUUGCAGACUCUGAAGGUGGACCACCCGAAGAUAGCAGCCUGGCGCUGGGGCCGGAAGAUAGGGAAGCUGUACCACUGCCUGUGCCCAGGCACCCUCUGCCUCAUCCUGCUGCCAGGAACCAAAAGCUCUCACGGAUCGCUGCCCGGCCUAGGAUUGAUGGGCAUAAAAAAUGAGGAGGAAAGCAUCGCCCCAAACAAGUGUUCGUGAGUCUGCCCCCACCUCCCGUGUGCCAUCUUCCUCGUGGGCACUGGCAGAGAAGCAGAUGGCUUCGGGAAAGUGUACCAGUCAAGGAGUCAAGUUCAUUUAUGUAGCAUGUAGGAAGUUUUCAAUAAAUUAAAAUUCAAGAGUUCUUUACCUGCAA